GCUCACAACAGCCCUGUGAGAUAGGUAAUAAAAAUAUUCUCGUUACCUUUUGUAUGUGAGGAAACUGAGUCUCAAAAAAAGUUAUGUGAUUUGCUUAAGGUCACAAAGUUAGCAACACCACAGGAGGAACUCAAACCCACUCCCUUCUUUCAAAUUCAGUGCUCUCUAAACUACCUCUCUUAAAAAUUUGACCCACCUUCCUGGACCCUGCUUUAAACACCAGACUCUACUGUGACCUCAGGAGUUGUGAAUAGGCAGGUGAUGUCAUAUAUGGCUGGUCAAGGACUGAUCUCUCAAAUUUGUGAAAUGCCUGCAAGGUUACCACAUUUGGCUUUCCGGACAUCCACAACUCCACCAGAUUCUGCUAAACGUUCAAGGAAAUGAGAAGACUGCGAAACUGAACCGCCAUGUUGUUGUUGCCAAUGUUUUUUUACUUUCCAUUGCUGGAAAAGACCUUAGGACGUAAAGAUCGGCAUAUUGCCUGUGGUCAAGUCCAUACACCCUCAAUCUUGAAAACUGAAGCUGCCCCAAUCCUAGGGGGAGUUGAUGCUACCUGUUUUGAAGUUCCUUGGCAAGUGGGCAUCUAUUUCAAUAACACAUUUUUAUGUGGAGGAUCGAUACUGGAUAAGUUGUGGAUUUUAACUGCUUCCCACUGCUUCAUAGAUGACAAACUAGAAGACUUCCUAGGGCAAGGCAGCCCCUUCCACUUUGUUAGGCACAUCUUUUCAUCAAGUCUAAAUAGGUUUCUUUACAAUGGACAUCCAUUGAUGUUGGUUCUACCCUGCAGAGUGAAGCAGAAGAAGCCCGUCCUAUUUGGAAAUGCAGUGACACUGGAGGAAUUUGACAGCGAGAGAGUGGAGAAGAGAAAUGUGUCAAAGCUCAUUCUUCAUCCUAACUUCAAUGAAAUGUUCAUGGACCAUGACAUUGCUUUGAUGUUACUUGAUUCUCCUAUAGAAUUUAACAUACAGAAAAUACCCAUCUGUCUGACGAAAACCAUAAAAGAUGUGAAAGAAUGCUGGGUAUCCGGAUGGGGACUCACAAGACCUGUGAAGCAAAUGUCUAUCCCACUGCAAAAAGUCCAUCUUGAGCUCUUAAAACAGGAAGAAUGCUAUAAGAAAGUUUACCUAUUAACUGACAACAUGAUCUGUGCCUGGGAUCCUGAAGGAAAAAGAGAUUCCUGCCCGGGUGACAGUGGGGGACCUUUGGUUUGCAACAGCAAGAAUAAUGAGAAAGUAUGGUACCAAAUAGGCAUUGUCAGCUGGGGAGAAGGCUGUGGUCGAAAAGGGAAACCUGGUGUAUAUACAGCAGUCUCCAAUUACUUGUUUUGGAUUGUGCUAAAGACCCGUGAGGUGGGCCAUCCCUACGUCGUGUCAUCUUCUGAAUAUUUUUUUGUUCCCCCACCAUGUUUAAUUUUGACAUCGUAUUUUUCAUCUCUUCUCCUCCAAAAGAUCUUUUUUCUCUUUACAAUAACAUAAUUCAGUGCCUCUAGACCAAGUGUGCUGAUUGGAGGUCAUGGUGAUCCUGUGAAAUCACUGAAGAACUGGGACAAUUUUGGAGACUAGAAAUGGAAGAGGCUUAGGCUCUUUGGUCUGCUGGUAAACCUCUCCACCCCUACCUCUACCCCCAGCACCAUGGUACAGUGGGGAAAGAACUCACUUGGGAAUAAAAGCACCAGGAUCCUAACCUUGGAUCUACCAUUUUAACUAUCAACUCAGUCUCCUGGGGCCUCAGUUUCAUUUUUAGUAAAAAAUAAAGAGAUUGAUUAACUGAGGAGGUGUAAUAAGGGAACACCUAACUUUCCUCAAUGAGUUCAGGUCACCAGGCUUAGACAAUCUCCCAAGAUCCUGGGGAAAAAGGAAACAAACUUGUGAAUGGUCUCACAGAACUGCUCUCAGUGAUUUGAGAAAUUAUGAAGUACAAGAGAACAGUAAAUGUAAGCAGUUUUCUGAUUUUCAAAAAGGGACCAGAGGAUGGAUUAUUUAAACCAAAGGCCAAAUCAGCCUGACUGAGAUUCCUGGCAAAAUUCUGGAGUUAAUAAUUAAAAUGAGAGUGUGUCAGCAUUUAAAAAGGGAGAAUUGAUCAUCACAAGACAGUGGGUCAUGCCAGCCUUACCGCAUUUUAUUUUUCGACAGGAUUAGUAAAC